UGGAAUUGGAUUUUGCUAAAUUGGAGGAAAAUAAGUAGAAUGAAGAGACAAAUUGCUCAAAUUCAUAAAUUCAUACCUCAGUUGUUUGGUUUUAGAUGUAGAGAAGAAAGAGACCAUUGGAAGGCAACAAUACUCUGACUUUUUAAAGAAAAAAUCUUGGACUGCCUCACUUUUUCAUCCCUCAGACAGACGCCAUAUGCACGCCUUCCGAAGUCGACCCACUUUUGACUGGACAGACUCUGCUCCUCUAUCAUUUGUCUGUGUUUAUCUUCGGGUUAAAAAAAAACAAAAAAAACUUUUCUAUCUUGAAGACAGUAGUUAAGACUUGAUGAAGGGGAAAUCUUCAUGCACACUCGGGUGAACAUGUAGAUAUGGAUUGUAUGACGCUGUUUGGCACUUUAAUCGCCGUUUUCUUCCACCCUGGAUCCGCUUCUGAUAUAAUUGCCCAAAGGAUCUGUCGACACGGCACACAGCGCCCAUGCUACAAGGUGUCCUACAUCCAGGACAGCAGGCGGAGGCUGACCUUUGAGGAUGCCAGGAAGGCCUGCAGGCUGGAUGGCGGCGAUCUGCUCAGCAUUGAAUCGGAGAGUGAGCAGCAGCUUAUGGAGAGGUUCAUACAAAGGCUGCAGGCCGGAGAUGGUGACUUCUGGAUCGGACUCCGCCGCAGCUCGCAGCGCUACAGGGCAGGGACCAAAAGCCCAGGUUGCCCCUCGCAGUACUACUGGCUGGAUGGAAGCAGGGCCAAGUUCAGGAACUGGCAUUGGGACGAGCCAUCAUGCGGUACUGAAAUGUGUGCAGUCCUGUACCACCAGCCCUCUGCACCACCUGACGAAGAAGGUCAUUUCCUGUUUCAGUGGAAUGACGACAACUGCAACUCCAAGAACAACUUUGUCUGCAAAUACUCAGAAGACAAAGUGGCAGUAUUUACUGAGGAAGAGAACACCACACAUGCAGCUCCAUCUUUGAGGCCAAACAUACACUCAACUACAGAAAGUGAUGACAAGCUAAAGAUAGGACUCCCGGAGUCAUCAGUGUCUAUCUCAGACAACACCCUGUAUGUUUCCUACAUCCUUUAUGCAACUAUUCCUGCUCUAGUGCUGCUGCUGAUUGCAGCUGUGGGUUUGUUCUGCUACAAACAGCAUGCUAAGAGGAAGAAGACAGACACAGAAAGCUACCCAGGCAGAUCAAAACCAUGGAUAUCAACAUCAACACCAUCACCUUGCCCUAUACAAGGACCAUAUGCUUUCAGUGACAUUACCAAACUGCCUCACACUGCUCUGGACAGCAGCUUGUCCGCAGACAUCAUAAAAAAGUACAACCUUGCUCUGGCUCAGGACUGCCAUUUUGAUGAUUAUGAGAAUGUGUCAUGCACACACAGGGAGAGCGGCUUUGUGACCAAUGACAUCUAUGAGACCUGCAAAGCUCAGACUGGGUGGGUGGAAAAUGACAUCUAUGGAUAAUGUUCACGCCCAUCUGGUCCCUGUGAGCGUCCUUUAAUCUCACACCAGCUAAUAAGUAUAAUCAGGCUAGACAGAGGAGCAGACUGUUUUUCCAUCCCUUAUACCUGGCUGGUUACUUGGGUGGCUUUGUUGUUCUGGACACUUGUUAUAUCUAUCCAGUGCUGCAUUUAGCAUUUAUGCUGCCAUCAGAUUAAUAUAAAAACUGGGCUCCUCAACUUCUUACCAUCUAUGGCUCCAUAUUAAGGAGAACUUCCCACAAAAGUCUAUGCAUGGCACGCCUUUGGGUACAAGAGUACUACAUGGUUUAAAUAAAAAUUGCAAUAUCUUUUUUUUUUAAAGGAAAUAUUCCCACUGCAUUGUAGUCCUGCAAGCCUGAAAUUAUACAAAAAAAAGUACUUGGAGCAAAAUGUUGGCCAUUCACAAUAUCAUCUUGUAAACAUAAUAACAGUUAUUAUGGGAACUUUGUUGUUUUUGGUUUCUAGUCUACAAAAGCAGUUAGCUCCAAACACAAAGAUUGAUGGUGAUUUCAUUGUUUUGGUUAUAAAUUAUAAAUGGAAGCACUUAACAGAUACGUAAUAUUGACCAUAUUCACCUUGUAGGUUUAGUUAGUUUAGCAUGAUGCUAAUCAGCACGUAAAUCAAAGUUUCCUUUAGCUAAGGCUAAUGGUAAUAUCAGUGGUGUUUGGUUUUAAGUUAUAAAUCAAUGUACUAAACACAUGAAAAUACAGAUUGUAAUUAAUUGUAAUCAAAAACAUGACGUUUAUGUUCCCAACAGUUCAUAAUAUACUUUCUGGUACAGCUAACUUACAACCAAUAAUGUAAACCUAGUGGUGGCGCAAGACAGAGAUAGUGACAACUUAUGUAACUUUCCAGCUAGACUGAGGGUUGGGCAUCAAAGAGGCUUUAAUGAGCUCAAAAAGUAGAAAUGACUCGAGUCAGCAGUGCUGGUAUAUAUUUGCCAUUGUAGAUUGUCACCAUAUGAGACACAAGGACUAUAAAGAUCCUGUUGGGUCCUUCAGAUGAGCUUUCCGAUCCGAGGACUUUACUGACCCUUUCACAAAACAUGGGGAGUGUUGUCAGCCCUGUGAAGGACUUCCUGUUUGGACUCUGAUGUCAGGGAACAGGACAGGACAUGCGAAAACACUGAUGACAGAACUCUUGACGCUGACCCCACGAAACCUCAAAGCUGUGGGCUUUACCGAGUCCACCUCAUUGUGUGCGAUACUCAACCCUCCCACUGAUCUUUGUAGGGGUUUGGAAAGUAUCAUGGACUCAUCCGUCAGUGUUUGCUUAUAAAAGAAUAUUCCGGCAUUGUAUAUUUGUGAAAAGCACAGAUAUAGAGUAUUGAACAAAACAGGCCUGUGUUAUUUCUGAAUGUCUACUGAGUGGGCUGUUAGGUUUGUGUUUUGGAAAGUUGUAACAAGCCCAGUAAGGAGAGGCUGAGUGUGUUCUUGGAGAAUGUGAGACAGGAAAUGCCAAAAGCACAUCUGGAACUCUUACAUUCAGGAAGUCAAUGCGUGACAGUAUAGAGGCCUUCGUAGCACUGCUCUGCCUGCCUGCUCAAUAAUCCACUGCUAUGUGUUUGACUGUCAAUGCUUGAGAGAAUGACUGCUGGGUGUGAACGUGAAUUGUCACUCAAACGUGACGUGGUUUGUGGGUGUCAAAUAAACUUUGCUUACAGGA